ACCGCGUUUUGCGCAUGCCUCAUUUCGUCUGCUGCCUCUGGGACUCCGUCUUCCCUGGUUUUAUUCAACUCCCCAGUUGGUCGGGUAGCAGAGUCUUCCUACUCUUCUGUGGUCAGUGCGACACGGCGGGGGAUGGACCAGUGAACCCUGAAAGGCUGGGCAAGGAACGAGGGGCCCCGAGAGCGGUCAGCGGCCGGUAUGCGGCGGUAGUAAGGAACCUCGUGACCCUGGGACUGCGGGGUCUUUGUCAGGAUGUGAGGCCCCGUCACUACAGGUUUCAGGGGCGUGCUUGUGGAAGUUGUGUGUGGGGCCGCGAAAGGAGGAGGUGUGCACAUGCGCGAAGUUUACUAGGAGCUCCUGGAGAGGGGGCGAUGCUGCAGGGAGAGCCUGCGUGAGAGCUAAGGGUUCUUCCAACGCCUUGCGUGGGAGUUUGGACUCGUUAGUCACUACGGAUUUCUUAUCAACUUUGUUUAGCUGUGUCUUCAGAGUUGUCUACAUCUUUCCAAGAACAGCACAAGAUGAACAAGGUUGAACAGAAAUUCCAGGAGUUAGUGUCAUUUAACGACGUGACUGUGGGCUUUACCCAGGAAGAAUGGCAGCACUUGGACCCUAGCCAGAGGUCCCUGUAUAGAGAGGUGAUGCUGGAGAACUACAGUCACCUUGUCUCUGUGGGGUAUUGUGUGACCAAGCCAGAGGUGAUCUUCAGGCUAGAGCAAGGAGAGGAACCAUGGAUAUUGGAGGCAGAAUUCCCAAGCCAGAGCUUCCCAGAACUUUGGAAAGCUGAUUAUCUGAAGGAGCAGAGCCAAGAAGAUUUGUGGAAAGUUGUAUUCAUCAGUAACAAAAUGCUGACAAAGGAACAAGGUAAUAUAAUAGGAAGGCCAUUUGACUUGGACAUAGAUUCUUUUCCUUCCAAGAAAAUACUCUGUCAGUGUGACUCAGACGGAAGAAGUUUCAACAAUAUUUCCAAAUUGAUAAUUAGUAGGAAAAAGUACUUAACAAAAAAGCCUGAUGAACUUAAUGCCUGUGGGAAAUUGCUAUUCAAAAUUAAACAUGAGAAAACUCAUACUGGAGAGAAAAUUGAAUUUUUUAGAAAUAGGAGUACUUUCAGCCAUUACAAGGGUCCUAUUCAGCAAGAGAAGAUUCAAACCUUAGAGCAAACUUCUGAGUAUAAUAUAUAUCCGGAAACCUUCCUUGAAAAGACAAUAUUCAACACAUACAAGAGAGAGAACAUGGAUGAGAAUUACUGUGAAUAUAGUGAAUAUGGGAGAAUUUUUUGUGGUAAUUCAUCUCUCUUGUUCCCUCACAUACCUACUUCAAAGGAGAAUCACUAUGGAUUUAGUGAUUAUGAGAAAUCCUGUAGGAAGCUAACCUCUUUCAAGUAUGAUGGGCUACCUGUAAAAUACUGUGAUGAAUAUAAUCAAAAUGGGAAUAACUUCAGGAGGAAAUUAUGUCUCUCACAACUUCAGAAAACUGAUAAAGGAGAGAAACACUUUGAAUGUAAUGAAUGUGGGAAAGCAUUUUGGGAGAAGUCACACCUCACUCGACAUCGGAGGGUACAUACAGGAGACAAACACUUUCAGUGUAAUGAAUGUGGAAAAACUUUCUGGGAAAAAUCAAACCUCACUAAACAUCAGAGAUCUCACACUGGAGAGAAACCCUAUGAAUGCAAUGAAUGUGGGAAAGCCUUUAGUCACAAAUCGGCCCUCACACUACACCAGAGAACGCAUACAGGGGAAAAACCCUAUCAGUGUACUGCAUGUGGGAAGACUUUUUACCAGAAGUCAGACCUCACUAAACAUCAGAGAACACAUACAGGACUGAAACCUUAUGAAUGUUAUGAAUGUGGGAAGUCCUUUUGUAUGAAUUCACAUCUUAUAGUACAUCAAAGAACUCACACAGGCGAGAAACCCUUUGAAUGCCUGGAAUGUGGGAAAUCCUUUUGUCAAAAGUCACAUCUUACUCAACAUCAGAGAACGCAUAUAGGGGAUAAACCCUAUGCCUGUAAUGCUUGUGGGAAAACUUUCUAUCACAAAUCAGUACUUACCAGGCAUCAGAUAAUUCAUACAGGAUUGAAACCUUUUGAAUGUUAUGAAUGUGGGAAAAACUUCUGCUUAAAGUCAGACCUCACAGUACAUCAGAGAACUCACACAGGAGAGAAACCCUUUGCAUGUCCUGAAUGUGGCAAAUUCUUCAGCCAUAAGUCAACCCUUUCUCAACAUUAUAGAACACAUACAGGAGAGAAACCGUAUGAAUGUCAUGAAUGUGGGAAAAUUUUUUACAAUAAAUCAUACCUAACUAAACAUAAUAGGACACAUACAGGGGAGAAACCAUAUGAAUGUAGUGAAUGUGGAAAAACGUUUUGCCAGAAGUCACAGCUCACUCAGCAUCAGAGAAUUCACUUAGGGGAGAAGCCCUAUAAAUGUACUGCAUGUGGGAAAGCUUUCUGCCAUAAGUCAGCUCUAAUCGUACACCAGAGAACCCAUACAGAAGAAAAGCCCUAUAAAUGUAAUGAAUGUGGGAAGUCUUUCUGCGUAAAGUCAGGACUUAUUUUACAUCAAAGAAAACACACAGGAGAGAAGCCCUAUGAAUGUAAUGAAUGUGGGAAAUCCUUUAGUCACAAAUCAUCCCUUACAGUACAUCACAGGGCUCAUACAGGGGAGAAAUCUUGUCAGUGUAAUGAAUGUGGAAAAAUAUUUUAUCGUAAAUCAGACCUUGCUAAACAUCAGAGAUCACAUACUGGGGAGAAGCCCUAUGAAUGUAAGGUAUGUGGGAAAACCUUCUCUCAAAAAUCAAACCUCAUUGUACAUCAGAGGACACACACAGGAGAAAAAUCUUAUGAGAUAAAAUAAAUAUUUGAAAUAUUUAGCCACAAAUCAGUUGACAAUACAAAAUAUUAAAACUGCAGAAAGCUCUGUUGACAUCCUAAAUUAUAGUAACCUUUAUCCACAAAUUGGCUUUACUUUAUUCCAGAGUAAUGAUGGAGGAUAAACUCAACAAAUUUAGGAUGGCCUUUGUUAAGAAAUGACAUCCUAAGGUAAUGGUAAUACAAAAACUCAUAGAUUCUUUUGAAUUUUGAAAAAUUUUUAGGUAAAAUACAAACUAAAUUAUGUCAGAAUUUAUAUUGAGAAAUUUAUGAAUCUGAAAAAUAAAAUGAAAUUUUACUUAGAAGUAACAUAGUACUACAAGUUGUAUUUUGAGUUUGAUACAUUAAUUGUAUUUAGAAAAGUAAUUUAUGCCUAUAUGUUGCAGAAUAUAAAACUUUAAAUAGCAUAUUUUAAGUACUAAAAAAUGUAUAUUCACAAGAAGAUUCAGUAAGAGUACAGAGAGAAUUCCUAUGUGCUUUUAAUCAGCCUUACUGUAAUGAUGAUAUGUUAUAUAACCACUGUGUGUUCUAUAAUACAAGAGAUUGGUAUGCUAAUCUUAUAUAGACUUUAUUCAGAUUUUGCCAGUUUUUACAUGUACCCUGUGUUUUCUAUGUAGUUCUAUUAAGAUUUAACGUUAGGUUACAAAACUGAAAAGGAAUCUGGGGUCUGUAUGGCAUCAGGAUUAUACAGGAUUAUGCAUCAGGAUUUAAUCUCAAGAAUUUUCCUCUUGUUAAAAAUACUCUCCUUCUGCAACCAUUGAAUAUUAAUCUUUUGAAAGUAUAGAUCAUUGAGUAAUCUGGGCAACAGGGUUAAACACAUAUGAGAAGUGUUCCUAAUGUUUAUAGACUUAAUAUGUGUCUAAGUGUUAAGGUAUAUAAGGUAUGUAUGUGUUUCAUAUGCAUAAUGGAACUUAAUGUAAUUUUGAAAAGGAAGUAGGUAUCCUUUCCUUAGUGCUUGUUACAUCAGGUCCAUGUUCAAUGUUUAUAAAACCAGAAUAACAGUUUAAAUGAAUGCCCACAUAGCUAAUGUUUAACCAUUCAAAAACUACAGAUCAAAAUAAAAUGUUAACAAAUGAUUCCAUGCA